AUUGCAGGAACUAUUUCACUUACUAGCGUAUCAGUGUACAUUGUAGACCUAAAGAGAGUGCAGCCAAUAGCAAGCUGUAUGGAUGAAGCUGCCAAACAUCACAUUUCUAAACAGACAGCCAUAGUUCACAGUCCUAGUUGUUUGACUAAUGUCAUAAUGGAUAAUGCCAUGGAAUUAGCACCCAAAUGCAUUGGUGAUAUCCCAUCUAUUGGGCAAUAUCCAAACACUGGUGAUAAACUAGCCAGUUGUCAUGGAAAAUCAAUUAAGGACUGCCUUUCACUGUCUGCCAUCAGUUGUGGAAAGGCAGUUAUCCUUAAAGUUCAUAAAAGGCAUCUGCAGAAUAUGCUCAAUGCAGGGGGACAAGUCCACCCAGAAAUGUCUGAGGCAGAGGCUAUGUCAUCCAUCAUCAAAGGCCAUCAAUCCAUGAUGACUGUUCUUCAACACAGAUGUAAAAACUUACACAUAGUUUUUGCCCAGUGGUCAUCAAAGGAUGCAAAAACUGCCUUGGAUACUGCAGUUAGCAUGAAUGACACGUCCGUAAUAGUAGACGUUCUGAAUGUGAUAUCGUUAAGGCCCCAACUGUGGACAUUAGACAUGUGUCAGGUUGUUCUACCAACAGUUUAUGAUCUUCUACAAAAUAGGUUUGAAACGUACAUGUCAGCAGGUUGUUCCUGUUUGAAGCUUAUCCUUAAAAAUUUUGCCUCAUUGAUUAACAGUAAUAUCGCAGCGCCACCUGGUGUUGGUGUUGACAUCAGCCGUGAAGAAAGAUACAACAAAUGUGUGAGCUGCUAUCACCAGUUGUUGUCCAUUCGAGCUUUCUUGUUGAAACGACAGACGUUGUCAGGAAAGCUAGGACAGUCAUUCCGAGAGCUUCAGCUCUUGAUGCAGAGAUUAGACUAGUUGUAGUGAUAGCUUUUUGACAGAGCUUCUUCUAUGGAACCUGAAGACCAGGUCAGAAGUCCAGAUGGAGUCAGCCUUCGACUUUUAGAGAAAACUACAAAGAUUGUUAACCCACCAAUCCGUGUUAAGUGUCUUAACUGUUAGAACUAGUCAGGCAGGCAACACAAAAGGUGUUACAACUCUAGCUAUCCAAUUAUCAACAGCUAACCAAUCUCACAUUGAGGUUUUUUUUUUUUUGGACUCGUUUGAGUGUUGGUAAGUGUGUGAGCUUAAUACAUUGCGAUUAGCAAGACUAGAUAGAACAAGGAGUUUGUGUUCUACUUUUAGUUUGUAACGGAAAACUUUUAAUGACAUUCUCUCGUAGACAUGGCUAAACAAAAUCUCAAAGUUGGUUAGAGAUCAAGUCAGUAAAUCAUUUACAGCUAGACACUUCCAAGCAAGGACAAGUUAUCAACAUCUAUUAACACUACACCUAAUUGUUGGCUUAUUUUGUUGUUUGUUAUUAUUACCCUAAUUUCAAAAAUUUUUCAAAAUGGUUGUGCUCAUCAUGCACAUAACUGAUAAAUAUCAUGUUGUUAGCUCAUUUAACACAAACAAUUUAUUAGAUAUUUUUAUUAUAUGUUUUAGUGAAAUCCUACGACGUAUUGGUAGAAAGCGAUCGCUCUUGUCCUUUUGAAGAAGAGAACACCUUAAAAGAUCUCGAGUGUUUUAGGUUACUAUAUUGGGCGUUGUGGUGACGUAUCUGUUAGUAGAACAUAAAAGUAUUGCGGGUCAAGCUCACAAAACAUGUAGAUCUUAUCUCCUAUUCUGAAAACAAGCAUGUACACUACGUCUGCUGCAGUUAUUAGAAAAUCUGGUUUGUUUUUAGGUAAUAAUAUACAGAUAAACUGACAGCAAUGAUUAUGUUCGGUUCUUUUACUCUUAAAGAACACUAACGUAAGAGUUAACAAACGUGGGAAUGUUUUGGUUUCUUACGUAUAGCAGUUCAGUAAACACUAACUUAAGUCAUGAUGCCUAGUCCUGACAUUAGUUGCAUCGAACUGUACUUUGUCUGUCAAGUGUAGCAGUUCAGUAAACACGACUAAAGUCAUGAUGCCUAGUCCUGACUUUAGUUGCAUCGACCUGUGUUUGGUCUGUCAAUUGUAGCAGUUCAGUAAACACCGACUAAAGUCAUGAUGCCUAGUCUUGACUUUAGUUGCACCAAACUGUGCUUGGUCUGUCAAAUGUAGCAGUUCAGUAAACACGGACUAAAGUCAUGAUGCCUAGUCUUGACUUUAGUUGCACCAAACUGUGCUUGGUCUGUCAAAUGUAGCAGUUCAGUAAACACGGACUAAAGUCAUGAUGCCUAGUCUUGACUUUAGUUGCACCAAACUGUGCUUGGUCUGUCAAGUGUAGCAGUUCAGUAAACACUGACUAAAGUCAUGAUGCCUAGCCCUGACUUUAGUUGCAUCGACCUGUGUUUGGUCUGUCAAUUGUAGCAGUUCAGUAAACACCGACUAAAGUCUUGACGCCUAGUCCUGACUUUAGUUACAUCGACCUUUACUAUUUACUUCCUAAUGUUAAGCAGAUUAGAGGUUGAAUUUUGAUUCACAUGUUCUGAAGAAGUAGCCUCGAAUAACAGCCUUUGUGGUAUUGAAAAGCUGCUCUAAACUUUUUGUAGCGAUUCUCCAGUGUACUCUGAAUGCCAUAUUAUAAAAAAUUUGCACAGUUAGAGAAAAAUUCAACAAACAUUUGCACAAACAAACAUAAAUUUUAAUAGAUUUUUUUAGGUACGAAGUUGAUCCAUAGUCUGCCAGCAAAUAGUUAUACUUGGGGAACGUUUUGGCAUUCUUACGUUUGCCAGAAUGUUUUUUUUUUUCAAAUAGUGGCCGUUCGAAAGUAUACACCGUAACGAGUUACACUUGAUCAUACCUAUUUAACGCCAAGCAAGGCUCUGGUUUAAUCUACUGUUCAAUCUGAAUAAUUUAAAUACCUCCUCCCCUCACUCAAAAUACGGAUUCGUGUGAUCAAACAAAAGUGAAAUCAACCUAUUUAAUUAUUAACAUGUCAGGUCCAGUAAUGAAGUCAAAAAAGAUGCGUAAAAUACGAAUUUAUGACAUAAAAUAGAACGUCGUAAUUCAUUCUUAUUAGAAUGAAAGAGUGGAAUAUAUGGUGCUGUUGUCAAUUAACCACUUAACUUUUGAACAUGAGAGUACAGCACUCCAAAAAGUGUUUAAAAUAAUCUUACGUAAUAUUAAUCCUUUUUCAGGUUGUAGUUUUGCAGUUUCAAUUUUUAGACGUUUAUGUUAAUGCAUAUGUUUAGAUUAUUUGUUAAUGAUUAUUCAAAUUUAUAUCGGCGAUAAAGGUGCUAUCCAAGGAAUACUUUCAAAAUCCAAAUUCCAGGAUACUCCCGUACCACCUUGUCGGUCAUUCACUCUAUGGCAGAUUUUCCUAAACAUUUGUCAUCCAAAUCUCCUCUAAUAAAUGUGUUUUCUUGCGGCCUUCUCCCCCCCCUUUUUUUAAUGAGUGAAAUAGUGAGUUAAGUGACCAGAUAUACUGAUACAUGUCAAAAUACUUUGUGUUGUAGUUAUUACUUAUUAUUUUCAUUAAUGAAAAAUAUAUUAAAACCGUAA